GAGGCAUCGUGCUGAACCCUUCCUUCUAUGGCAUUGUGGGGCACACCCACACCAUGAUCCAUGAAGUCGGGCACAGCCUCGGACUCUACCAUGUCUUUAAGGGGGUGUCUGAGAUCUUCUCCUGCAGCGACCCAUGCAUAGAAACGGAACCAUCCUUCGAGACGGGGGAUCUUUGCCACGAUACCAAUCCCACCCCAACCCACAAAGUCUGUGGCGACCCCCCUGCUAAUAGUAACAUGUGUGGGCUCCAUAACUUCCAGAAUACACCAUUCAACAACUUUAUGAGCUACGCAGAUGACGACUGCACCAAUUCCUUCACUCCGAACCAGGUUGCCCGUAUGCACUGCUACCUAGAUCUAGUGUAUCAAAGCUGGCAACAUAUCAAGAAGCCAGCCCCCAUUGCCAUCACACCUCAGAUUGUGGACCGAACAGAAACUUCCGUUACUCUGGAGUGGUUUCCACCAAUCGACCGGCACUUCUUUGAAAGGUGA